AGCUGACCGCUGAUGAGGGGCCACCUUCUCCUCUGCUAUCUGGGUAGAAAACAGAGGAACAACCUCACUUCUUUUACGCAGAGCCUCUCUGCUUCUACACAUUUCUCUCUGGAAACUCUUCUACUCUUUUUCCACUUCUUGCCUUCAGUCGGACCCGCUUUCCCUCCUCCUCUUCCUCACCUUUGAGUUGCAGCAGAUAAUUGUGCAAGCAAGUUUUCAGCACCACGGUUGGAGUGGACAGCGCCACGGCGGACGCAAGCAUGGAGCCAUACACGGUCCCCGGAGCUCAGCUCUCCCUGUCCGACCUUUACUCCGUCAUCCCCUUCAAUGUCACCUUCCCGGACGAGGAGAGCGGCUUCAUGGGCGACAGGCUGCAGAACUACACCGAGCAGCAGGGUCCGGUGAGGAGUGCCGCGGGGAUAAUCAUUGCCAUAUCCAUCACUGCUCUGUACUCCGUCAUCUGCGUGGUGGGACUCCUGGGCAACAUCCUCGUCAUGUACGGGGUGGUCAGAUACACCAAGAUGAAGACGGCCACAAACAUCUACAUCUUCAACUUGGCUCUCGCCGACGCCUUGGCUACCAGCACGUUGCCCUUUCAGAGCGCCAAAUACCUCAUGAAUACCUGGCCGUUUGGAGAAGUCCUUUGCAAGCUCAUUAUUGCCAUCGACUACUACAACAUGUUCACAAGCAUCUUCACCCUCACCAUGAUGAGCGUGGACCGCUACAUCGCCGUGUGCCACCCAGUCAGGGCGCUGGAAUUUCGGACACCGGUCAAGGCUAAGCUGAUCAAUGUGCUCAUCUGGGUCCUGUCCUCUGCGAUUGGUGUGCCCAUUAUGGUGAUGGCUGUGACCAAAGUUACAGAUACUGGUAAAACCAUGUGCACCCUGAAGUUCCCUGACCCUGACUGGUAUUGGGACACUGUGACAAAGAUCUGUGUCUUCAUCUUUGCUUUCGUGGUUCCUGUGAUGGUCAUCACCAUAUGUUAUGGCCUGAUGAUCCUGCGUCUUCGGAGCGUUCGCCUGCUCUCAGGCUCCAAGGAGAAAGAUCGUAACAUGCGCAGAAUCACCCGCAUGGUCCUGGUGGUGGUUGCCGCCUUCAUCAUCUGCUGGACCCCCAUCCACAUCUUCAUCAUUGUGAAGACUAUGGUGGAGAUUGACAGCAGGAACCCCUUCGUGAUAGCGAGCUGGCAUCUGUGCAUCGCCUUGGGCUACACCAACAGCAGCCUCAAUCCUGUCCUCUAUGCAUUUUUGGAUGAAAAUUUUAAGCGGUGCUUCAGGGAUUUUUGCCUUCCCUGUCGGACCCGCGUGGAGCAGCACAGUCUGACCAGAGGACGCAACACCACCAGGGAGCCAGUGUCUGUCUGCGCUCCAACAGAGGCAGGGAAAAAGCCAGCAUGACUAGGCAUGGACUGGGUCCCCCACAGCUCUCGCUCAAGGAGGAUCCAGCAAGAUCUGCAAUCGGAGGUUACUCAGAUCUCCACAACAGAGUUUUAAGAGAUCUUAGCGAAAAAAAUCUCAGUAAACUGAGUCGUGCCACUUAUUCUCUCCAAUUUGGCUGGACAUUCAAAGGAAAAGCUAAAGUUAAUGGAAAAUGAGUUUCACUCUGAUCUUACUUUUCUAUUAAAGUUCUGAUAACAAAGUGGAAUCUUUUGUCUUUUCUCAAAUGUGACGCUUUACAAAGGCAGUGACAGCAGAUGGGGUGAUAGCCCAAAGAGUAUAUCCAAAUGUUAAAGCAAGAUUAUGAAACAGAACAUCCCCAGUCCAUGAUUUGCCGGACCGAAAGGGAUCAGAGCGCAAGAGUACAAGAUUUUUUGAUGAUGCAAAAAUGGAUAAAGAAACACCUUCAGGUUUUCAUCUUAUCAAAGAGUGCAUCGCUCAGACACCAUCCAUCAGAGUGCAGUGUAAUAAAACAGACUGAAAGGGUGAAUGUUGUGCAACAAAGGACAGGAGUGUGACACAUUGGGCUUUUCGAUUCAAACUUCGUCAUUUCUUCUGUGGAACACCUGCCAAUAUAUAUGGAAACAAAAGAUUUUGGUGAUAAAGGAGUAUUUGAGGGUGACAAAUUAACAUCACAGAGAAAACAUUUCCAUUUUUAUCUUCAACAUCAUUGCAAAACAAAUGAGCCUUACAGAGCAGAACCACACGACUGAUACCCACCGACAGCUGGAUGAUGAAUUAUAACAUAGUUUGUUGCACAACAAGGUCAACCACUCUCUACACAGAGAAGUAGGAGAAUCUUGUUUGGCAUUCUGUGUGAUUUUUGUUUUUGUUUUUACAGCAAAAGUAGACACUUGAUCAUCUUCUUUCCUCUUUAGACUCUGACAUCAUCAACUGCGUUGGAAGAAUAAUUGGGGCUUAGUGUCCCGUGGAUUUGAAAAUGUCAUGAAAUACAUGAAAUCAUAAUCAAGCCUACAGUCGUUUCAGGGGUUUUGUGCUCAGAUGGAAAAAUCCAGAACGGCAUCAAACCACUGAAGCUUGGAUUCCACUGACGUUUUUUUUUCUGCUUACCUACUUGACUUUCAUGAGUGGUGUCAAGCUUGCAGAAAGCCUCUGAGCAGAAUCACUAAAGAAAGACAAACCUGCCACUGAAGAACAUUGUUGGCAGCCACAACACUCCAUAUGGCUUCAGCGUUUUAAAUUAAUGUAGAGUCGAUGAACUCCCUGAAACUCGAACUGGGAGCAUCUUCAUCACAGGGUACAUAGAGACGCCUGAUGUCGACAAACAAGCUGCUUCAAGGAGAUUAUUGAUCUGCAUUUUAAAUGAACAGAAAGCCUGUCAUCUGCCACAUGGAAAAUCUGUUUGUCCCAUUUGGGACAUAUUGAGUGGCAAUUUCUUCUGAGUGAUUUAUUUGCUCCAGCAGAUCUUGUCACCAGUCAAAUUAGAGAUGUCAAUCAAUGGAUGGCGUGAGGUUAAUGAUCACUUCAACUUUGCAUACCGAAUGAGGCUUGUCAAAGGUAAUGAUGCAGAGUUUAUCAGAAUAGGCUCUCAUGUGGAAAUAUACUGAAGGCUAAAUAUGUGUUGACAUGUAAACAUGUCAAAGUAUACCGCCAUGUUUAAUGAAUGUUGAAAUGUUAAGUCACUGUGGUAAACAGGGAACAGAUAAAACACAUCCAAACUGAAUAUAAUUUAAAGAAGAUGGUUUGAGUUGAGAAAUGAAAGUAAAAAUGUCAAUUAAUGUGUAUUUGUAGAUAAUAUAAAGCUUUCGCAUUUUGUCUUCACCCACAGUUGAAAUGACUUUGAAGCGUGCCUGUGAUUCUGUAUGCUUUCUUUUCACGUUUUGAAUCUUAAUAUUUCGCCACAAUGCUUGUGACUCAUGAGACUCAAAUGAAAAAGGGAAGAAAUAAUAUUGGAAACGGCUCUCUGCCCUGUUUACAGAUUCAGCAAUUUGGCAAAAUAUUGACUAUUCAGUGUGAAGUGGAGGUUGACAUUUUUGAGACACAUAUAUUCCCGCAUAUUUUCUUACAAUUGCAGUGGUGAAUUAAUAUGUACUGUAUAUACCUGCUUUGCUUUGACCAAGUGCUGCAUUUGUCGGGUGUGCAGGAUAUCUCUCAGUCACCAUUACUUGCUUAUUCAAAUUAUAUAGGGCUACAGUGACAGAAAUGUAUAGAAUUAGUUUUCCAAAAAAGAAUAACAAGGGUGUACAAGUUAUUGUGUUUUGACAAAUAAAGAAAAGCAAAUGACUUCUAAUAAAUUCAUGGAUUUAAAAAAAAAAUGUAAUGUGCAUUCAGGGUAUGAUCAAAGUGUGUGGGUGUGUGUGCAUGAUUUUCACUUUAUUAUCACACUGGGAUGAUUACUUAAACAAUGUUUCCCUAUGUCAUGUUUCAUCUCAAUGUAUGAAAUCCAGCUGAUGUUUUGAAUUCAAAUUGUUUCAAUUGUUGGAUUUUGACA